CAUAAUUUAAUAUAGCCGUUUUGUUAAGUAGGCAACGCAGCGUCUUCACUUCUACGACAGCAAAUUAGAAUGCAUUAGGUUUUGAAUUCCUUACAAAAGUAGGAGCGACUGCCUUUUUUCCAAACUGUUUCCUCAUUGCGCAUGAUUAUGUAUCCUUUCUGAAAGCAGGAAGCAGCACACUGUCAAUCGUAGUAAGACAGAUAACAGCAUUUCCGUGGAAGAGCCAUUCAACUGCAGUGUUUACAGAGGUGUUUUGACUGUCGCUUUCUGUGGCUACAAAUUCAUUCAGACGAAUGUCAGUAACUUUGGCCCUUGAUCUUUGAUUACCGAUGGACCAACAGCACAGAUCCCAUGCUUGGAUGUGAUUCCACCAUUGUGAGCCUGAGGUACAGAGGAGGAAAGUCAGGUUCUGAUGGCAGACCAUCUUCCCUCAGGGUUACUGGAAGCAUGUGUUGUCGUCGGAGCCUCUGGGGAUAAACUCAAGGAUGUCUACCAGUCUUUACAGCAGGGCAACAGGACAACAGACAUCCCUUUUUUAGACCCAGAGGUCUUGCAAGUCCACGUGCCUCCGUUUGUGACCAAAGAGAAUGCUGAUGAGUCUGGUGGCCCCAAAACUUUCAGUCGAGUCCAGUGCAGACGGUCCUUUAUCAAGAAGAAGGAGAGGCCAGUGGUGGCUCCUAGUGGCACUGGAGGGGCAGGGAGCAGUGAGGGGGCCACUAUAACGGAGGAUGUCAGCGUCCCCAAGGACAUCGACCUCAUGGCCCUGCCCCAACUCUGCUUUCCAGGGGGGCUUCAAGUAACAAAUGAACCAAAAGAAGAGCGCUUUCACUUUCUAGUCUUCACGGAUGUGUUCGGUAACCAAACCCAUGGAGUGGUUGUUCAGUGUUAUAGACCAUUUCAGGAAGGGUCAAUGUUCUAUCAGAAUGGACACUGGUCAUCCACCAAGACCACUAAGCACUACAUUGCUUAUGCCAUCUGUGUCAUAUCCAAGCAUCCUUACUACAAUGCUCUCAAGGACUGUCUGUCUUGUUUGCUGGUACAGCUUAGAACAUGCAGGUUGUCUGAAGAGAGGGUGAAGGAAUUUGCAGCCAAACUGGCUCUGGUGCCCAUUCCACCCCCUGGACAACUACAUGUGGUGUUCAACCUGAGACCCCUGAUGAUCGUACUACCUUCCAGAGAGGAUAAAGAUCACCCCGUUGUAGACCUGGACCUCCAUCUGCCCUUCCUGUGCUUUAGGUCCAAACAGAUUUUACAGAUCAUCACUGGUAUUCUGAUGGAGCAGAGGGUAGUGUUCUUCUCAGCUGACUGGGCCCGCCUCACCCUGGUGGCAGAGUGUUUCAUGGUCUACAUCCACCCCCUCCACUGGCAGCACCCCUACGUGCCCAUCCUCUCAGGCCAGAUGCUGGACUUCGUCAUGGCCCCCACCGCCUUCCUCAUGGGCUGCCACCUCAACCACUUUGAGGAGGUCGCUGCGGAAACAGACGACCUGAUCUUGAUUAAUAUCGAUGAUGGAACAGUGUCUUCCUCCUGCUCAGAGACUGUCGACCUACCAGAUGUCCCCUUCGCUUCAGCAGAGUGUUUUACGAAGCGGAGGAAAGGCCUCCAGCUACAAUAUGAUCUGGAGGUGUGUCACCAAGGGGCCGGCGCAGACAUUAACGAGAUGCGCAUGCUGAGAAGAAAAUGGCAGCAGAACCUGAACUGGGAAAUACAGAAGGUUACCUUGGAGAUAAUUGUCAACAUGUUCAGGGAUGUCAGUGGUCACCUGAACUAUGAACACAGAGUGUUUAACAGUGAAGAGUUCCUGAAGACCAGAGAGCUAGCUGACCAACCCUUUUAUAAAAAGGUCUUGGAGACACACAUCUUUCAUUCAUUCCUGAAGGACCGCCUCAAUAGGAAGAUGGAUGCUUUCACACGCAUGGAAGUCAACACUCGCUCAGAGACACAGAAAAUGAAGGCGAUGAUAGACAUCCCCAGGAGGCCCACCAUGCAGGAGAUGGCCAGGAAGUAUAGCAGUGGCCCAGAGAACCAUCUGAACAAGAGGCUGGGGAUGAGCCUCCCCAACCUGGGAGAGGAGCGCCUCCUCAGACAUACCUCCCUCAAGAAGAUCAUCAUCCCUGAGAGUGCCAUGAAGAUCCCGCCCAAGCCUGUGAAGAUCUUCGAGCUGCCAGAGUUUCCUCCUCCCAUGGUGCACCACUAUGUCCAGAAAUACUACGGAGAGCUGAUCAUACUACUGGGGAAGGCCAUCUUCUGUGUUCCUCCUGAGAACUCCACUCUCCUGGCCAGGUACUUUUACCUGCGCGGCUUCAUGAACACGCUGUGUUCCAAGCGUCUUGACGCCCUCAGCGACUUCCAGAACCUCUACAAGACGGACAUCGAGAUCUUCCCCACCGUCCUGGUGAAGACGCUAGUGGACUCGCUGCAGAAGGACGAGCGCUCCCAGGCAGACCAGCGGCCAGAGCUCAAGCGGCUCAUCUUCAAGGUGAAGACAGACAACGAGAUGGUGCUGGUCCAAGCUGACGACCACGUGAAGAAGUUUCAGCUCCCUAAAACCCACAUGCUGCAGGAGGACUUUGUGAAGCGCAUCCAGGAAUCUGGGAUUGUGAAAGACGUCGCCACCAUCCAUAGGUUGUUUGAGGCUCUCACUGUGGGAUCUUGUAAGAGUGACUUGGGUUUGGAUUCAGCCAUGAGGAGUCCCUCCAAAUCAGUAUUUUACAUUGACUCCUCAUUGGAUGGGCAACAGAAGCAGAUUGACCCAGAGGUGUUCCGUGUGUUCUACACCUUCUGGAAGGAGACGGAGGUGGAGGCCCAGGACGUUCACCUGCCAGCUGAGGUCAUAGAGCACCUGGACAACAACGAGUGUGUCUACAAGCUGUCCUGCUCCGUCAAAACCAACCAGGGAGUGGGCAAGAUCGCCAUGACACAGAAGAGGCUCUUCCUGCUCACUGACGGGAGGCCUGGGUUUAUCGAGAUCACCAAGUUCAGAGACAUAGAGGAGGUGAAAAUCUCCUUUGCUCCGUUCCUGCUGCUGAGGAUCCCGUCUCUGAAGAUCAAGUGCAGUCUGAGGAAGGAGGUGUUUGAGGCCAACCUGAAGUCUGAGUGUGACCUGUGGAACCUCAUGGUCAAAGAGAUGUGGGCUGGGAGGAGGAUGGCAGACGACCACAAGGAUCCUCAGUACAUGCAGCAGGCUUUGACUAACGUCCUGCUCAUGGAUGCUGUGGUUGGGUGCCUUCAGACCCAGAAGGCCAUAUUUGCCGCCUCCAAACUGGCAUACUUUGACAGAGUGAAACAUGAAGUUCCUAUGAUGGUUCCGAAGACGACAUCGGAGAUGUUGAAACACAAGAUCAAUCCAUCGCUUGACCUCCCAGCUCCCCAGACUGUACAGGUCUUACUCUACACACCAGGCCAGUUGAGUUACUCGGAGGCAGACGGAGAUGGGAACCCCAAGCUGUGGUGUGCCCUCAGUGGUGGGAGGGUGGUCGUGUUUGAUGCAGCCAGCUGGUCCAUGCAGCAGAACUGUAUUCAAGUGGGAUCCUCCCAACUGAACUGCAUGCUGGGAUUGGACCAGGGUCAAGUAUGGAUUGGCUCCCAGGAUUCCAUCAUUUACAUAAUUGACACUCGCAGCAUGUCCUGCAAUAAGCAGCUGACAGAGCACAGGCAUGAGGUUAUGGACUUUGCCCUGGAGGAGAGUGACAAGAUGAGUCAGACAUACUCCUGUAGUGCCGAUGGAACAGUCAUUCUGUGGGACCUCUCAACGCUAAAAGUGAAAAAGCAGUUUCAACUGACCUGUGAUAGGCUUAUGUCCAUUCAGCUCUUCAAUGGAACACUGUGGUGCUGUGCCAGAGACGGCAUCAUUGAACUGAGGAAGAACGGAUCCCCACUUCGUAAGAUGACACUUCCUGAGGAUCUACGGAGCAUGCCCACUGAGUUCAGCAGCCUCAUCCUCUUCUUAGAGAGGGGCCAGUUGUGGACGAGCUGUUCUGAUUCUGACGAGCUCUGUCUCUGGCACUUUAAAGACCUGACCAAGCCUUUCCUGAGGGUACAGCUACAGAACUGUACAGGGGUCAACCGUAUGAUCAAGGUUAAGAAUCAGAUCUGGGUUGGCUGCAGAGGGCCGAGCCCGGACCAGUGCAGGGUGAGUGGGAAGAUCUACAUAGUGGACACAGAGAGCCACAGUGUGGAGAAGGAGCUGAUGGCCCACACAGACAGUGUCCAGGCACUGUGCUCUGCCGAGGACCGCUAUGUACUCAGCGGCUCCGCCUGCCAGGAUGGCAAAAUCGCCAUUUGGAAGGUCGAGUAGAGAACGAGUAGCCUGGUCCAAUAUCUGUUUGUGUGGUUUCGCCAACUCUUUUAAGUGAAUAAAACGUUUGGCACAACAAUGACAGGAGUUUCCUAAACAGCACAAAUAGAUCUGGGACCAGUUUAGAGGAAGAGCCCUGCAGACCCUGAGGAGUCCUAAAAGUCUGAAGAAGCUAUAGACUCCUCAAACUCAACUCUGGACCUCGAAGCCAGUUCCACUGCUUUGUUUCAUUGUUCCCCUCUAAUCAGGGACUGAUUU